AUGUCUUCCAUAGCCAAUUCUGACAUGCAUAGAAAUGUUGCUGAUUUUCAACCUAGCGUUUGGGGAGAUUAUUUCCUUCGCUAUGCUUCAGAAUCUAUGGAACAUGAUCAAAGUAUUGCUGCACAAAUUGAGACACUAAAAAACGAUGUGAGGAAGAUACUUGAUAUAAAGAAUAUUGAGAAGUCAUUGGCAACAGUCCACUUGAUUGAUUCAAUAUGCCGCUUGGGUGUGAGUUAUCACUUUGAAAAGGAGAUUGAAGAGGUUUUGCAACAUAUUCAUAAGAAUUAUGUUCAAAAUGGAGAAAUAAUUAUUUUCGAAAACAACCUUUGCUCUCUUGCUGUGCUAUUUAGGUUGCUGAGGCAACAAGGACUUCACGUUUCACCCGAUGUGUUCAACAAAUUCAAGGAUGAGGAUGGAAACUUCAGUGAAAGAAUUAUAGGGGAUGUUGAGGGGCUGUUAAGCUUGUAUGAAGCCACACAACUCAUGGUUCAUGGAGAGGACAUUUUGGAAGAGGCUUUGGCUUUCACUACCACUCACCUUCAAUCCAUCGCCAAUCAAUUGAGCAAUUCUCAUGCAAUACAAGUAAAAAAUAGCUUAAGACAAGCUCUCUAUAAGAACUUGCCUCGGCUCGAGGCCAGAAACUACAUUUUCAUAUAUGAGCAAGAUCCUUCCCAUGAUAAAAAUUUACUCCUUUUGGCGAAACUAGAUUUCAAUAUGCUCCAAAGAUUGCAUCAGAAGGAAUUUGGUAAAGUUUGCAAAUGGUGGAAGGAGUUGAGUGUCCGUAAUAAACUACCGUAUGCACGAGAUAGGCUGACAGAAAGUUGUUUUUGGGCUUUGGCAGUUUAUAUUGAGCCCCAAUAUUCUACAACAAGAAUAAUAAUGAUGAAGCAAAUCAUCACAAUGACGGUCAUUGAUGAUACAUAUGAUGCAUACGGAACAAUCGGUGAAUUGGAACUUUUUACUGAGGCAAUUGAAAGGUUGGAUAUUAGCUGUUUGGAUAAUCUUCCAGAUUACAUGAGAUUCCUCUAUGGAAUAAUUUUAGAUCUUUAUGGCCAAAUAGAGCAAGAAAUGAGGAACAAUGGAAGAGUAUAUGCCUUAAACUACCACAUAAAAGAAUUCAAAAAAUACAUUCAAGCUUAUAUGACUGAGGCGAGAUGGUUAAAAAAUAACUAUAAACCAACAUUAGAAGAGUACAUUCGCAUAUCAUUAGAAUCAUCUGGUUAUGUGUUUAUGAUAACAACUUGUUAUAUUGGAAUGGGAGACAUAGCCACAGAGGACAUCUUCAAGUGGGUAUCAAAUGAUCCAAAAGUUAUUAAUGCUGCAAUUAUCAUUGGAAGGUUAAUGGAUGACAUUGUGUCCAAUGAGUUUGAACAAGAAAGAGAACAUGUUACCUCAUUCUUGGAAUGCUAUAUGAGGCAAUAUAAUGUCUCUAGGGAAGCUGCCAUUCAAGAAGGUCGAAAUAGAAUUGCUGAUGCUUGGAAAGAUAUGAAUAAGGAAUGUUUUAGACCAACUGAAGUUCCAAUGCCUUUUCUUACACGCAUUCUAAAUCUGUCACGUUUUAUGGAUGUCGUUUAUAAAGAUAAAGAUAACUUCACUCAUCCUGCAGGAGAAAUGAAAACAUUCAUCAAAGCAUUGCUUGUUGAGCCGGUGCCACUUUGAGCAUUAGUUUUAGUUUUCCAUGCAUUGUAUUUUUACUUAAAAUAAAGGAAACAUUUCAAGUGUGAAAUUUCUUUUGUUG